UUCCCUAUCCCUGGGGAACGGGGCGGGGCAGGGACACCACCUGGGCCAUGGGCCGGCCCUCCGCCCCCAGGGGGCUGGGCAUGAGCUUUGCUGGGGACCCUGCUCUGGCUUAGGCGGCUGCUGUGGGCGGGCCCUGGCCUUUUCCAGCCCCUGGGCCUCCCCCUGCAUUCUGGAGUCCAGAGCCACUGCCUUUGCUCCAGCCGCUGCCGCCCCACCACCUCUCCUUCUCUGCCUCUGACCCUCCUUCUCACUGCUCCCCCUGCCCAAUUGCUCCUCCCACCUGGCCAUGACCACAGCCCCUGCUGGGACCCUGGCCCAGCUCUGAGUCCCGGGACCCUCGGUCCCCUCCCUCAGGCCAUGGCCAACUCAGGCCUCCAGCUCCUGGGCUACUUCUUGGCCCUGGGUGGCUGGGUGGGCAUCAUUGCUAGCACAGCCCUGCCGCAGUGGAAGCAGUCUUCCUACGCAGGCGACGCCAUCAUCACCGCCGUGGGCCUCUAUGAAGGGCUCUGGAUGUCCUGCGCCUCCCAGAGCACCGGGCAAGUGCAGUGCAAGCUCUACGACUCGCUGCUCGCCCUGGACGGUCACAUCCAAUCAGCGCGGGCCCUGAUGGUGGUGGCCGUGCUCCUGGGCUUCGUGGCCAUGGUCCUCAGCGUAGUUGGCAUGAAGUGCACACGGGUGGGAGACAGCAACCCCAUUGCCAAGGGCCGUGUCGCCAUCGCCGGGGGAGCCCUCUUCAUCCUGGCAGGUAUGAAUUUGGCCCAGCCCUGUUUGUGGGCUGGGCCUCAGCUGGCCUGGCCGUGCUGGGGGGCUCCUUCCUCUGCUGCACGUGCCCGGAGCCAGAGAGACCCAACAGCAGCCCGCAGCCCUAUCGGCCUGGACCCUCUGCUGCUGCCCGAGAGUACGUCUGAGCUCCUCCUGCCCUGGCCAGCCCCCCGCCCGGUGGCCCCCUCGUCCAGCAUCCAGCCAGCCUCGCAGCACCCUGGGCAGGGCCACUGGGCCAUAGGAUGGGCAUAG